CAUCUAUUCCACCUCCUCCCUCUCCAAUCCAACCAAUCCCUCCAGAAAUCUCUCCAAACAAUGUUAAAUCAAGAAUGAACCCCAAUCGAUGCCUUCCCCGCCACCAAAAGACCCAUCCUCACCCCCCGAUCCCCCACCCGUCCCCGUCGAAACACACCCCUACCGCACCUCCUUCUCCUCCGCGCUGAGCCCGAGCUCGUCCCGCCUCCCCGACCCGACGCGCCUCGCCCCUGAAGAUGCAUAUUUCGCGCCAAUGGUGCGCUCGCGCACGGAGACCAGCUAUGAUGAGUCUCUGGCUGUGUUGAACGGCGGCCCUGCGUUUGGGGGUAGUGCGGCGCGGAAGGAUUUGCGCAAGGUGGGCGGUGGGGCCGGGGGGAGGAGGAGGAAGAGGAAGGGGGCUUGGAAGAAGUUGCUUUGGGUUAGGCAGUCUUAUCCAGAUAACUACACCGACACCGAAACCUUCCUCGACCAUCUCCAGCGCAAUCCCCGGGUAAGGCCAUACGACUUCUGGCCGCUGGUGGCCGACUCGACGGUCAUCGUGCAGCAUGUGUGCUCUGUCGCGAUCUUUGUGUGCUGCUUUGUGGGCAUCGUGCAGGGUCGGCUGAGUCCUGUGUCGGUUGUGUGUUGGGGGAGUGUUGUUACGGGGAUGGGCUGGGUGCUAUGGGAUAUGUGGUUUUUGAGGGCCCAUGGGGAAGAUGCGGCGGCGGCGGAGGAGCGCGCUGCGGAGAUUGCUGAUGAUGGGUCGAGUUCGAGCUCGCUGGCUAGUCGGGAUGCGGUGGUUCAUGGGCUGGGACUGGCUAUGUCGGCUGGGGAGUCGGGGCUUCGGCAGGGGAAUGGGAGUAGCGGGGAGUCAUGCGAUCUGGGAUCAUCGUCGUCGCCGCCACCACAAACCAGCUACGGCAAUGGCCCGUGGCCAACGACCAACGACGAACUCAGCAAAUCACACAUCCUAACAUCCCGAAACCGCCAACGCCUCUCAACCCUCAAAUCCGCCUUCCUCAUCUACUUCGCGCUCCUCGGCCUCAGUCCCAUCCUCAAAUCCCUCACCAAGUCCACAGCCAGCGACUCCAUCUGGGCCAUGAGCUGCUGGCUCCUCAUCAUCAACAUCUUCUCCUUCGACUACGGCAGCGGCCAAGGCGCAGGCGCCACCAAGUUCCCCGCCUCCCUCUCAACCAACACCGCCGUCAUGGCAUCCACGGUCCUCGCCUCCCGACUGCCCUCCACGCCCCACGUCUUCAGCCUCAUGCUCUUCUCCAUCGAGGUCUUCGGCCUCUUCCCCAUCUUCCGCCGCCAGCUGCGCCACGUCUCCUGGACGGGUCACGUGCUGCUGACGCUGGCGCUGGUGAUUGUGGCCGGGGGCGCCGUCGGCGUCACUAUGCAGGGGGGCUUGUUUGCGGCUGUUGUGGGGAGUGUGCUGGGGAGUAUGCUGACGGCGUUGGCGAUGGGCGGGUGUAGUUGGUGGUUGUUGAGUUUGCAGAAGUAUAAGAAUGUGGUGACGGGGCCGUGGGAUCCGGCGAGGCCGAUUAUUAGACGGCAUUGGGAGUUGUCAUGAUAUAAUUAUUUAAUAUUGUUUUUUCUUUCCCUGUUGGGUGUAUUCCUC